AUGCGUUUCUCAACAGUUGCUGCUUCAUUGGCGCUGCCGUUAGGCAUCUCGGCUAGUUGCAAUGCGGAUAAUUGUCUUCGUGCAUUGAGAGCGCCGACGAAACUCGCAGAGGCUCAGGCGUUUUGUGCUACAUUCACGACGGCGGCAGUAACGGCGACGAGUGCGAUUCCGUCGUACGCGGUUGCGGCUUGUGGGGGAGAUGUUGUUAGUCGGGUGAGUAGUGCGUGUAGUUGUAUUGCUGUUUCGACGAGCUCUACAAGUGCCAGUUCGAGCACGUCUAGCUCAACGAUUUCUACGAGUACUUCGGUUUCAAGCUCUACGAGUAUAAGCUCGAGUACGAUUAUUGCUACGACUAGUUCCUCCUCGACGUCUUCAACUUCUGUCACCAGUUCGACAAGCACCGCUCCAACUAGCUCGCCUACCGGGUUUCCUCCUGGUCCAAAGACAUGUUUAAAUCCUCAAUUGAGUUGUCAAAACACGACGGUCGUCGAGGAUCUCUGCUGCUUUAAUGCACCAGGUGGUCAGCUUUUGCAAACUCAAUUUUGGGACACGGCACCAAGCACUGGACCCGCUGAUUCAUGGACACUUCACGGACUCUGGCCCGAUCACUGUGACGGCACGUAUGAUGCCAACUGUGAUCCAUCAAGAGAAUACAGCAAUAUCACUGCUAUUCUACAAUCUUACAACAGAACUGACUUGCUCACCUAUAUGAGCAAGUACUGGAAAGACUACCAAGGAAAUGAUGAGUCUUUCUGGGAGCAUGAGUGGGACAAACACGGAACCUGUAUCAGCACUUUGGAGCCAAGUUGCUACAACGGCUAUACUGGACAGGAAGAGGUUGUGGAUUACUUUGAGAAAGCUGUUAGCUUGUUCCAGGGACUCGACAGUUACAAGUUCCUAGCAGCCGCAGGAAUCCUACCUUCAACCACAGUGACCUACACCUCAGCCCAAAUCCAAUCCGCCCUAACCGCCGCCCACGGCUUCCCCGUAACAAUCGGCUGCAGCGGCGGCGCUCUCGACGAGAUCUGGUACCACUUCGACGUCCGAGGUAGUGUCCAGACCGGCGAAUUCGUAGCAACAUCCCCAGAUGGAUCGAAAUCCUCAUGUGCGGAUACAGGAGUGAAAUACCUCCCAAAAUACCUCCCACCAAGCACGACCACUACAUCCUCGCCCCCUGGACCAACUGCAACUGGCGCUCCAUACGCAGGAAAGGGAUUCCUCCAAGCCACCACCGGCGGCGCGCAAAAAGGCUGUUUGAUCAGUGCAGGGACGUGGUAUACCACCGGCACAUGCGCUACCUACACCGCCACCGCAUCCGGCACAGGCUUCACUCUAACAUCCAGCAAAGGCCCCUGCGGUAUCGUCGCAGACGCUUUCACCUGCGCGGCUGGCACUACCCCAGGGGUGUUCACGAGCGUGAAUGGUUUGCUGGCGUAUGGUAGCAGCUCGGACUUUUACGCAGCUGCGGUACCUUCGGGUAGUGUGCAGCAGAAAGUGUUUACUACGAGUAAUGCUGUGCAGGUGACUUUUAAGUGGCAGAGUGUUUGA